GCCAUAUGAGGAGUUUGGACCCACAAAAAAGGGAAAAUGUCGCAGUACUCAGGAAAGAUCGUGUUGUACGAGGGCAAGUCCUUCACCGGCAGGAAGCUGGAGCUCAGUGGCAACUGUGAGAACUUCCAGGACCGCGGUCUGACCAACAGGGUCAACUCUGUCCGCGUGGAGAGCGGCGCUUUCAUCUGCUUCGACCACCCGGACUUCAAGGGUCAGCAGUAUAUCCUGGAGCGCGGGGAGUACCCCGAGUUUCAGCGCUGGAAUGCUCACAAUGAUCACAUGGGCUCGUGUAAGCCAAUCAGGAUGCACGGAGAGCACUACAGGCUGGAGCUGUUUGAGGAGGACAACUUCAGCGGCCAGUCCGUGGAGCUGCACGAGGACUGUCCGUUCCUGCAGGCCAAGGGUCUGACCAAGAGCUGCGUCAAGUCCCUCAAGGUCUUCGGAGACGGAGCUUGGGUUUUGUACGAAGAGCCGAACUACCGUGGUCGCAUGUACAUCGUGGAGAGAGGGAACUACACCACUCCUAUGGAGUGGCAGGCUGAGAACCCCAACAUCCAGUCGGUACGCCGAGUCGCCAAUUACUUCUAAACGGAGCCACCGGCAACACGACUGGAGGAAUAGCUACUGAGGACAAACACGCCGCCACGCCAGCCAAUCAUCUCCUGCUCCAUUUGUGGGGCGGCAAACUAAUAAACGCUGAGGAAAGUGUUGCGACAUCGCCUGUUUUAUUUUUGUACAAAGCCUGAAAUAAA